CUACAACGUACAUCACCUGGCCUGUUCCAACUUCUUCAAUCUAUAAAGCACGCUCUGUCCACAGACACGAUAGUCCUCUUACAUUUUAUUUGAUCCGUUCUAUCUACCAUUCUCAUCAUGGACAUGCCAGUCAAUGUCCCCGUGGACAACCCCAACGCCGACACAGAAUGGAACGACAUCUUACGCAAACAUGGAAUCAUCCCAGAAAAGCCCAAGGAUCCCGAACCCAUGAUCCAAGAGGCCCUUCUGGAAGCCGUGCAAAAAGCCCACGAGAACCGCCUCGAGGACAAAGACCUCGACGAACUCCACGAGCUCGAGGACGAAGAGGACGAAGAAUUCCUGGAGCAGUACAGGAAACGUCGUCUGGCCGAACUCUCCAGUCUUCAGAAGAAGAGUGUCUAUGGCCAGGUCUUCCCACUCCAAAAACCAGAUUAUGCCCGAGACGUGACCGAGGAGAGCAACAAGGCCUAUGUGCUGGUCAAUCUCACUUCUUCUCUAGGCACCAAUGUAGAAUCAAGGGUUCUUUCCGAACUCUGGAGACAGGCGGCUGCCAAAUUCGGCGAUGUCAAGUUCUGCGAGAUCCGCGCGAAUCUCUGCAUUGAGGGAUAUCCGGAGAAAAAUACCCCGACUAUCCUGAUCUACAAGGAUGGAGAUAUCAAGCGGCAAUUGGUCACGCUUAGAGAAUUGAACGGACCAAAAACUAGUCUAAAGGACAUUGAAAAUGUCCUUGUUGAAGUGGGCGCCAUCAAGGAAAACGACAUGAGGCUCAAACGACGAGAGGACAGUGACGAUGAAAACUACGGCAGCAACAGUAAAAAUCCUGCCGGUGGUGAUGACGAUGACGAUGAUGAUUGGGAUUGAGAGGUCGGCUCGACCCCGUUAGUUCCUGUUAUUGCUAUGGCAAGCUGAGGCAGUGCGCGACCAUCUGAGCUAUAACCAUGUGCAAGCAGCGGCCAGCACCGAGCAGAUCGGCGACGUAUUAUUGCCCAACAGACCAACCGACCAUGCAGUGCUAUACAAGGAGUUGGUGUAUUCUUAUGCACUCCAUUUGCUGGCACUGGCCGCUGCUCUGUUGCGUGAUGAUUCCCCAAAAUCUGGCUUCAAGCAUCGCCUGACCACUCUGGAAUCUCCUGAGAUGUCAGGUCAGGGGUAACUUGGGCAUUCUGUGCAGAAAGCGAGUCUCCAAGAUAUAAUAUCCAAACCCUCAGCAUGGUCUUCAGACCGCUCCAAGAGACCACCACCACCUACUUGUCGAGCACUAACGACCCGCGGGGGCCCAUAAGGGUGGAGGAGGGCUCGUUCGCCGUGACUUGCUGCUUUGCAGCAAGCCUGUCAUCCCCUGCAUGUCCUCUCCUGGCCGAUUGGCCUCGGAUUCGACUUUCUUGAUAGUCGAGGAUAUGGGUCUUCCUGAAACCUUGCCAGGCAAAGUACAAGACGCCAUCCAGGUUUCCCCGAGAGUUCUGUUUUCUUGAAGAAGAGGUGCACUGGAGGUUUGCCAUGAACAUUGGGGCAAGUUGCUGUCAUACCCAUGCCUUGGAUUAGAACGUACAGUAUGUCCUGGACACAAUUGGACUUUCAAGUGCCUGUGCUCAUUAUUGCUAGCGCACUGCAAAUGGAUUGACAUGACGGGCUGGAGGUGCUUCUGUAAGACCCCUUCUGUGGAUUUCCCCGAAGCCGGGCUUCAACGCGGUGAUGUUCCUUGUAGGAUGUAUGGAGGAAGCGAUACUCGGUUUUCGAGAACGUCAACGCCGGAAUGUUGGUAGGUUUAAACGCUCGUACAUGGUGGAGAUAACCCAGAAAUGUUCGCAACCUGUAGAAGUACUAGUAGCCCAGAAUUCGCAGCGCCGAUGGUUGUUAUAUUCUGUCCAUGGACAGGAAAGGUCGACACUGGAUCAUAUCAAUUCAUCGCGUCCGCCAGCAGCGGCACUUUCAACAAUUGCUUUUUGGACGUCGGCUUCCAAGAAGACGGGACCGCGACCAUCGCAUCGGGCCUUUUUCUUCAAGCGCUCGCAGACAUCACCGACCUCGACCAGGCCGUUGCGAACGAGUUCGUUGGCCUGGAUAUAAUCCCAAGUGGCUCCGGCACUGAGGACUCGCUCGCCCGUCUCGCC